CUUUUUUGUGCGUGAUUCAGGCACCGAUUGUCUUUCCAACGUGGACUUAACCACUGUAUGGUGUGUUGUGUCACCUGCAAAAAUGAAUGCUUUUGUUGGCAUCUAUCAGAACACUGAUGAAGAUUGGAAGCAGAAUGAGGCCACUACACUGAGCUCACAGAGGGACCCACAGAGUUCAAGGUGGCUAUUUUUACUGUCAGUGUGGCACAUAUUGUACAAGUGGCCAUUUCCACACACUAGACCUGUGACAAUUGGACACCACAGGAGGGAGAAUCAAGAAGGCACUUUCCACACAGAUGUUCCUCUUGAAUGCUUCAUCUGCCGUGAUGUAGAGAUGACAGAUCAGGACUCCCUGCUGCAGUAUUGUGACUGCAAGAGUUUAGUCGCUCAUCAAAAGUGCCUGCUGACCUGGAUACAAAAGGGCUUCAGGAAUGAAGAAAGGCUGCGAUGUAAAGUGUGCACAGCUGAGUACCACCUACAGAAUGGCUCAGCAUGGAUGCUCGUUGCUGUCCGCUGGCAGAAUUGGAUGCUUCUUGCAGUCAUCUUGGGCCUAAUGGCUGUUGUGCCAUUCACUGUGUACAGGAUGAUGACAGCCUUUGACAACCCACCACCCCAUUCUUUGUUCAAGGCAGCAUCUAUUUGUUUUGGGCUGCUGGCAGAAAGCAUCCUAGUCAAGUUCCUUCUCAACUGCUGCUCCAGCAAAUACAACAAAGCCAAAAUGUCCUCGUUCUCUGUCAGAGCAAGAAGUUUGGAGAAAUCCGACAGAGGCGUGAACCUUCCGUGGCUGGCUAGUCAAAACCCAACAACAGCUGCAGUGAGCAGAAUGGAAGCAGGGAAGCAGGAGGUAGUCAAGCCGAGCUAGGGUCUAAGCCUGGAGCUCUGUGUGUGAGCAGAACAGCACAGCAAGGCCAAGACCCAAGGAAACGCCAGUGGCAGAACAAAACAGAUUGACUCUUGGUGACUCAUUUAGCUUCUGGAAUGGGCAGAAUUCUCUCCUGCUGGCACUUUUGGCUGCAUGUUGGGUGGGUUGGGGGGGCGUGGUGUGGUGGGGAGAGCUUGUAAUGGCUGGGGCUACAACUGAUACUCUCUCAGAAAUACACAGGAUAAAGGCAACCCCAGAAAAUUCCACAAAUUUUGACAUAUUUGAUUUUGUAAGGUAAAGCACAGGAGAGAAGAAGCUUGUUUGACUGAGCACCGAUGGCAUUCUGGGACGAUUUUGAUAAGUGCUUUAAAGAAAUCGAGAGCUUGCCCAAACUUGCCUUCCAUGUUUGCAGGUUGGCAACAGUCAGAAAAAAGUCUUGGAUGCUGAAAGGCAAGAAUGCAAUAGAAAAAAAGAGAAAUAUUUCCAGUCUGGUAAAAAAAAAUGCUGUCUCUUGCAGGAUGGUUUGCUUCGAAGAAAGUGCCUCACAAUUACCGAUUUCUUUACUUCCAAACUCCAAAAUGAACAAUUUGCACUCUUAAUAUGCAAGGAAUCAGUGGCUGUCUCGAUUGCACAUGAGACGGCCCACUGCAAGACUGAAAUUACUCAUUUUAAUAGUACUUUUUGAGAUAAUAGAUGCAUAUUACUUUGUAAGUGUUCUUAAAAUGAAAAAAGUUAAUAUUGUAUAAAGGAAAAAUAUGCAGCUGUCAUAGUUCUUUUUUAAUGAAAUGCAAUGGCAAAAAUGAGGCUUUGCUUCUGUAGCUAGAUUGCCCUGUGUGCCAGAUGGACACUUUCAUGUCUGUAUAAGCGUGGAUUAUUUCAUUUCCUGCAUCUGGGACUCCAAAUGGCUGCACAAAUGUCACUGGAGGAACUCAGACUAGCAACUGGGGAACCUUACCCAAGCAUAGAAACAGCUAUUGGAUUGAAAACUGCAGAAACACAGUAAAGAAGCCACAAGUGUCAUCUUAAUGAAUCUCAAUGCAGCAGUCGGAUAUAUUUCACCAUCUCAUAUAUUUCAGUAAUUGGUAUACACUUCAGUUAACCUUUGCUGCUACUUUAAAUUUAAUGCUGCACGUAAUAAGGAUUUUGUAUCAACUGCUUGCAUGAUUCUUAAUUAGAGCAUUAGUAAAUUCAUUUUUGUCAAAGUAAAGGAGCUUUCUAUAGGAUUUUAAAUGAACCUAUUAAAUUAAUAGGGUUUUAUUAGAUCCUGUGGGACCCAAGUGAAAUGCGUGUGGUGUACUACAAAUAGUCAUGCAGAACCCUAUAGGAUCAGUUAUAAAAUCUACAAGCACCCUUUAGAAUCUCAUAGGAAUUUGUUUUAUUGGAAUAUUUGCUAUGAAGUUUUGGUGGAGUGAAAAAUCUUAACAAGUAUUAGUCUCAUUUAAAAAAAAACACAAUUUAAAACAACUGAAAGAUCAGGUCUUGUACAGAUUCUUAUUGAUGUAUACCAAGGUCCUGAUCACUGUAUGCACAAACUGUACCUAACACUGUGUCUUUAACCCUUGUAGAAUGGAAUGGUAUUUUUUGUCUUUCAAAGUAAACAUCUCUCAACAAUUACGAAAUUAUUUCCUUCCACUGCUGAAUGACAUUAAGGGAAAUUCGAAAAACGUACUGAACUGCAAAACAUUUCUUAACUCGUCACAUUCCUGGAAUAAAUGGUAUAAUUGCAAUUGUUCUCCGUUCCUUUCA